AAAAAAAAAAAAAAAAAAAAAGCGACUGCGUGGUGCAAAAAAAAUCGCCCUGUAAAAAGCAGAAAUGUUGGAAAUUUAAAGCUAAAAACAAGUGAAAAGCUUCUCUUUAAAGCACUCUCUCUGCAUCUACACUGUGCAGCUCCAACUGGCUGGUAUUUCUGCUUUUUAUGGUGCAGCUGGGAGGAGAGGGAGCCCUAAAAUCACUGAUGUGCUGCUUCAGGUCGGAUCCCUGGUGUCAUCAGAACAGCCUUUCUGGCACGUGAGCCAGAACUCUUCUGCCCCCUUGGAAGCGCGACUGGUAAUGGGUAAUGGUGUGAGAGAGGGUCCAGUGGAAUUCCCAAAGGAUGUGGAGCCAGUCACAGCAGCCCAUCUCCCAGCAGAGGAUAACCAGGAGAAGAAGAAAGUGCUCAACUCCCUGAUGUCUGGUGCAUUGGCUGGUGCUGUUGCUAAAACUGCAGUGGCUCCCCUGGAUAGGACAAAAAUCAUGUUCCAAGUGUCUUCAAAAAGAUUUUCUGCCAAGGAGGCUUACAGGCUCAUCUACCGCACCUACCUCAACGAGGGCUUCUGGAGCCUCUGGAGAGGGAACUCGGCCACCAUGGUCCGCGUGGUCCCCUACGCCGCCAUCCAGUUCUGCGCCCACGAGGAGUACAAACAGCUCCUGGGGAGCUACUACGGCUUCCAGGGAAAGGCCCUGACCCCCUUCCCUCGGUUCAUCGCCGGCUCCCUGGCGGGCACCACGGCUGCCAUGGUCACCUACCCCCUGGACAUGGUCCGUGCCCGCAUGGCUGUCACGCCCAAGGAGAUGUACAGCAGCAUUGUCCACGUCUUCAUCCGGAUAUCCCGGGAGGAAGGGCUGAAAACCCUGUACAGGGGGUUCACCCCCACCAUCCUGGGGGUCAUCCCCUACGCCGGGCUCAGCUUCUUCACCUACGAGACGCUGAAGAAAGUCCAUGCAGAUCACAGCGGGAAGGCCCAGCCCUCCCCUCCGGAGAGGCUGCUCUUCGGGGCCUGUGCGGGGCUCAUCGGGCAGUCGGCCUCCUACCCGCUGGACGUGGUGCGGCGGCGGAUGCAGACGGCCGGGGUGCUGGGCCACACCUACAGCUCCAUCCUGCUCACCAUGAGGGACAUCGUCAGGGAGGAGGGACUCGUCCGGGGCUUGUACAAAGGCCUCAGCAUGAACUGGGUCAAAGGGCCCAUCGCGGUGGGAAUCAGCUUCACCACCUUCGACCUGACGCAGAUCCUGCUCCGCAAGCUGCAGCACGGCGGCGGCGAGGAGAGGUAGUGCUUGAACCCCCGCAGCCCCCGGCCAGGGGAAACGUCCCAAACUGUGUAGAAAGAGCCCUCGCCUCGCCCGUGCCCUCCCACAGCUCCAGAACUCACCUGCCUUGGUUUGGGUUUCCUGUUGUUCCUGGAUUUUUUUUAUUUUUUUUUUUUUUGGUCCUUUUUAACGAGCCCUCUCGAGUCCCUCGGAAACCUCCAAGGGCCCAUCGCGGUGGGAAUCAGCUUCACCACCUUUGACCUGCCACAGAUCCCGCUCCGUGAGCUGCAGCACGUGGAGAGGUAGUGCUUGAACCCCCUCAGCCAGGGGAAGAGCCCCAAACCGUGUAGAAAGAGCGAUGCUCUCCCGCAGCUCCAGAACUCACCUGCCUUGUUUUGGGUUUCCUGUUGUUCCUGGAUAUUUUUUUUAUUAUUAUUUUUUUUUUUUUGGUCCUUUUAACGAGCCUCUUGAGUCCCUCGGACACAGUGGGAAUCAGCUUCACCACCUUUGACCUGCCACAGAUCCUGCUCCAUGAGCUGCAGCACGUGGAGAGGUAGUGCUUGAACCCCCUCAGCCAGGGGAAGAGCCCCAAACCCUGUAGAAAGAGCGAUGCCCCCGUGCCCUCCCACAGCUCCAGAACUCACCUGCCUUGUCUGGGUUUCCUGUCCUUCCUGGAUUAUUUUUUUUUAUUAUUUUAUUAUUUUUUGUUUUGGUCCUUUUUAACGAGCCCUCUCGAGUCCCUCGGAAACCUCGACCCCGAACAAAAUCCCUCCGACCCCGCAGAGCUGAGUCCUCCAAAGCAGCUGCCUCGCCCCUUCUGCCUGACUCUGGUGCCAGGAGUGGAGCUUCCCAAACCAACCCGUGCUGCUCCCGCUCCCCCCCUGGGCCCCCUGGGCAGAGGAGGCGGUGGAGGAUGGAAGAGGGGACUCGGUGCUGUUGGAAUGACCCCCUGGAUGUGGGAAGCGGCGGCUGCUGCUCCUGGCAGGCAGUUUGGAGCUCCCAGAGCACGUGUGAGCUGGAGGCAGCCUGCCAAGUGCAAUAUUCCAGUCAGUCUGGAGGGAAUUCCACGUGUUCCUGCGAGCUGGGAGCGUGCUCUCCACGGAGCAGGGCCGGGACACUGCUCUUGUCCUGGAAGGUGAAUGUUUCUCUGCCCUUCUCCAGUUGUUUCUCUCACUUUUGGGUUGAGUUGCAUAAAUCCCCCUUGUUUGUGGUGUCCCUCUGAGAUUACCAAAGACUGUGGACAGCAGGGGAGGGAAGUUCUGAGCCGUUUGGGGAAUGGAAUUCUCGUGUGUGUUGUCCUUGUUGUCGGGUCAGGGCUGGGCCUGGAUUCCCAAACUGGAUUGACUCAAACUGCAGUCACGUGCUGGGGCUGCCCAAACCCUUCCAUGUUGUCCUGGUCUGGAGGCAGCGUUUUCCAAGGGAUUUAACAGUGUUGAUGCCCUAGGAGAGGGUGUUACAUCCUUACAGUUCAAGCAGUUUUAUCCUUCAGUAUUAUUGUUGCUGCUCUAUGCACCACGUGAGAACAAACACCUGACUUUGCUGUCCCAAAAAAAAGCUGUCCCUGUGUGGUGGAACCAGCCUGGGAGCUGAUUCCAGCUUCUGGCAUUGCUUCUGAACAACCUUUUUGUCUUUUGGUACCUGCUGUGUAGGUCGUGUCAGCUCUGUUUGUUAAUCCACACCUCAUCCCACCUGCUUUCCCAUUCCUAAAAUUCUCCUGGACCAGCUUGGUCCUUGGGAUUCUGGGCACCACAGCCAGUGCUGACCCUUCAGAAAUGAUCUAUGUAGUGCCAAUCACUUCCACUGGUAAUUUGAAAAUUAAUGGUGAAGAAGCUUUUGGUGUUUCUAUUUCAAAUCAGUUUUCAGGGAAAUGGAGAUUUUGGGGGUGGGGUUGUUCUGUAAUCCAUUCCUCUUAUUAAAUUUGGAGUGCAAGAGAGGUCAGAGAAAACUUCAGGCUUCCCUGAGAAUCAGAUUACCUGUACCAAGAUAAAAAAUCCCUCCUUAGCCCUGCACAGUCCAUAAUGUAUAAAAGAAAAAUGAGGCAUAAAUUAGAAUCUGUCCUUUCCUGGUGUUUGCACUUCAGCUGUUGUAGCUUGAGCCUUGUGUCACGGAUUAAUGGGAAUGGAGGGAAUUGCACAGCUGGUAGAGGCAGCCUUCUCCUUUCUUUUGUCUUUGCACUUGUUCUUUGGAGCAGAACUUGCUUCUAAUGCCAAAUAUUUCCUUAGGAAUCAAGCACCUCCCCUUGCACGUUGUGGCCGUGGCCCAGGGCCAGCACACUGAGGUGUUAACGUGUUGUUCCCAGAGCUGGGAUGGACCAGACCUUACUGGCUGGGUGUCAGCCUCGGUAACUUCUGCCUCCAGGCCCAGAAAUGGUGAUUUGUGCAUCCCUUGACUGCAGCCCCUGAUCUGUGAUUAGAGAACUGUCAGUGGGGGGGUGUGAGAGCCCGUGGAGAUGAUGGCCCUGAGCUCUGGGUGUCCUUUGCUCCUGCUGCUGCCAGAAGGUGUUCUCAGCUCUUCUCCUCCCUCGGCUGAAGCUUUGCUCAGUCCUUGCAAGAGCUCCUGAUUUCUUUUCUCCAAUGGAGAAGCCCAGUUAUCCCGCUCUUGUCUCUCCCUUGUCCAGCCCGGGAAGGAAAUCCUUGCUUCCCAGGCGUGUGAGCAGUUGUCUGUGUGUCUGUGUGUCCAGUCCAUGCCCAUCCCCUCCCAGCCUGGACAGCUCCUUCCUUUCUGCACAGCCCUGGAGGAGGAGGAGGAGAAGGAGAAGCUGGACUGUGGCAUCCAGGUUGGAGCUGCUUCCUUUGCUCCGUGGAAUUAGUGGAUCAUCCCAGAGCGUCACUGAACCCCUGUGGCCACAGAGGUGCUUUAACUCCUCCUGAGAAAGGAUUUCCUGGGUGACUGGGAGUGAAUGGGAGGGCAGAUCUGCACAGGGAAUCUUCUGCCCUGGCAGGAGUGCAGCCAGUGGAUUGAGUGGAUGGGAAUCCCCUGGAAGAGGCUGAGCCUGGAACCCCCCCCUCGCAGCCAGAACCUGGAGCUGAGGAACAAGCACAGCCAAACUUGGAAGCACUGGGCCAAGAGAAGUUGUUCCUUAAAUUAGCAGCUGCACCUGAUUGUGAUUCAGUGGAAUUUGAGCCAAACCUGUUUUUCCAAGUUCUGCAGGCUGAGUGUUCGUUCGGAGGCAGAGCUUUGGAUUCAGUCCGGGGUGGUUUUGGUGCUUUUGUUUCUUGGGCAGAAGUGUUUGAAGUAACUGUGUGUUACUGCUUUGGGUUGUUUUAAAUAGUGGGGGUGGGGUUUUUUUUGUUCCUUUCUCUGAUUUGAAUGUAGAAAAGGAGAAACAGAGUGUUCUCUUCCCUUCUCUUACUCCUUGCAUGAACUGAGACACGUUCCAGAUCUCUCUGCUGCCUGGAAUGAGGGGUCCUGCUUUGGGAAGGGGGGUCUCUGUGUGCUGGCCAAGAAGGUCCUUUGCCUUUAGCCCUGAGAAAGGAGACAGGUCAAACAGGAAUAUCCUCUACUCCUUCUUUUCUUCAGAACUUCUUUGCUACUGCUGCAAUUCCCCCGUUUUUCAUUUCGUUCCCCUCGAAUUGCUUUGGAUUCCCGAGUCGCGUUUCCCGCCGUUCCUUUAACGUGUUACAGCCAGGCAGGAAUUUGUGCUUUUUUUUCUCCCUCCCUCCUGCUUCUGCACCUUGAGCCCUGCACUAGCACUUCGAGAAAAUCAGGUCCAAUAAAUGCAUCCAAAAUGACAAAACUGCAGCUCUCCAGCGGCGCCCGAACAGCCCGACCCCGUCCCCCCCUCGCAGGCCUCGGUGCUCCUGGGGGGGGCCAGGAACUUACAGGCACUGAGUGAUGGGAAGGAAGGGGUUUUUUUUGGAAGUUUUUUGGUCCAGUUUAGCACCUUCCCUUGUCCCAGCCCCUUCCCUUAAGGAGCUGAGAUGCUGCUGCUGCUCCGUGUCGUUUCCUCGCGGUACCUCCAAGGAUGCCCCGUUUGCUCCCUGGGAGUGGCUGCUGGCUGGAAGGUGCCUCCUUGGGAAGAGCUUGGGAAGCUCAGAGGGUCACUUGAGGAUGUGGGAGGCAGGAUCUGAGCUGGCUUCUUGUUUGCCUGGCGUGGCUGGAGGGCGGUGGCACCGUGGUGGGAGGGUCGGGAGAGGAGUCCCGGCCUCCCGGGCUGGGCAGUGUGGGGCUCCCUGGGAGCUCUCCAGGAGCAGCUCCAUAACUUCCUGUGGCACUUCCCUUUGCCUUCCACCUGGAAGGACUCGAGCACCAUCUUCACCCUCUUGUCUUUUAACCCAAAAGCAGAUGAAAGGAGACUUUGAGCAGAGGUGACGUGGCAGCGCCGAGCGAGGCCGGUGCCGGUCCUGGGCGGGCAGGGAAUGUGCUGGGAUCCUUCCCAGGGGGAUUCCCCAGUGCCUGACUGGGUUCCUGGGCUCUGCAGGUACUUCCCAGGUUCCUGGCUGGGUUCCUGGGCUCUGCAGGUACUUCCCAGGUUCCUGGCUGGGUUCCUGGGCUCCUCAGAGAGCUGGGGGUACAUUCUGGGCUCUCCCCACCAGGACUGGGCCGGAGGAGGAGGAGGUGGCCUUCCUACAAAACAGCCUUUUUUUUGGAUCUUGUAGGGGCUGUUUCCUCCUGUUCUGUCCCCCCCUGGAAUGCCAUGCCCUGCAGGGUUUCCCAGCACUGCUCACUGCCUGUGUGGUCUAUGCAUUUAUUAGCACAAACACUGUUAAAAUGCCUUUUGUGUCCUCACCAUCAGUGCGUGUGUGUGUGUGUGUGUGUGUGUCGAUUUUGACUGCUUUUCUUGGAUCUGGAGUUCUAUUUUAUUGCAGUGAAGACACUUUGUUAUAUAUAUAAUGUUUAUAUAUUUUAAGAUUUGUGCCAAGAGAGGAUGUAUAUUUAAUAA